GCCAUCAAAUCCUGCAAUAAACCUCGGCUCCGCCUCCGUUAACCGCAUCUUCCCCGCUCAAAUCCGCUCCUUCCGUCGCCUUUACACUCGCCGACUCCCUCGCCGCCUCGCCUCUCUGUCUGUGCCUGUCCGCUCUCAAUAUGAUUCGGCUGCAACAUCAUCCCUCGCAUCCGAAGCGUCAUUUUCUUCUCAGUACGCCUCCGCUGUGGGAGCUCCGUCGUCUUUUCAUCUCUCCCACCUCACCAUCACCGACCGCCACAUCUUCUGCCUCAAUGUCAUCGCUUGCGCUGCGGCAGUUUCCGCGACUUGGCUUUUCUGCUCUGCUAUCCCUACUCUUCUGGCAUUCAAAAGAGCUGCAGAGUCGCUUGAGAAGCUGAUGGAUGUCACGAGAGAAGAGCUUCCUGAUACAAUGGCUGCCAUUCGAUUGUCUGGCAUGGAGAUUAGUGACUUAACAAUGGAGCUUAGUGAUUUAGGGCAAGAGAUUACCCAGGGGGUUAAAGGUUCAACCAAAGCUGUCCGUGUAGCUGAGGAGAGCUUACGUCGGUUAACAGACUUUACUCCACCAGCUCGGGUGCAGGAGGAAGCCAGUAGCAUAAUUGAGGCAUCAGGACCAGUACUGGCUCAAACAGCAAGAAACAUAAAGGAUGAAAUCGUGGAGGGUCGUGCAAUGCUGCAAAUGUUUUUCUCACUUUCUAGGUUUACUAGGGUGGUGCUUAACUAUCUUUCAAGGUAAACUAACCGGUAGAGCCGUUUAUAGGUAAGCUGUGUGAUAACAUCAGAUCUGUCUCUGUACAUGUAUCCCUUGGCUGAAUUUUGUCAUGUCAGUUUAAGUAUAUUGUUCUGCAUUUACAUAACAAGUUCUCGAAUUUAAUUUUAAAUUUUGAUUUCUUGUCAUCAAUUUUGGAUGUUCAAAAUUUGGCAAUCAAAACAUAAGAUCAGC